AUGACGGUUUUCACACUGAAGAACCGUGAGGUCGGAAGACAGCGGAACAGUGUCUCGGAAGAGCUGAACGAGCUGUCACCUCUCGAGGCUUCAUCCCUUGCAUCUGAAGAAGAGGCACCCUCCUUCGACGCUACCCCUGUUCGGCGCCUCCGCUGGGUGAAGCCGCGCGCCGCCCUCUCGGGGUCUGCCCUUCCCGGGCGGCGGCUGGCUCACCCCAGCUUCCCUCCCCUUCCUCUCCUGCUCCAUGCCUGGGACUUUCUCGACUGUGGGACUUACGACCAAAUGGGAACAUUUAAAGCCCACGAUGGUGACUAUUUCCUAGAGCCCCUGAUGAAGGCGGAUGGGAGUGGGCAUGAAGAUGAUUCCAGCCAGCCGCAUCUUAUAUACAGACGGGAACUAAAGAGGAGCUGUUUGCUGCCGUCUCACAAGCCUUGUGAGGUUUCAGAUAUUAAGAUAAAGAAAACCACUUUACCCUUUCACAACCGUAGCAACAUGCAUGAAGAUCUUAAUAUAAAGAAGGAAAUAAUUUUAGGAGACCCUUCAAACAAUAUGUCUUUGGAACAUGAAAGAAGUCAAUUACAUUCCAGGAAGAAACGUUUUUUAUCAUAUCCAAGAUACGUGGAAGUUAUGGUUACAGCUGAUGCUAAAAUGGUUCAUCAUCAUGGACAGAAUUUGCAGCACUAUGUACUAACUCUGAUGUCAAUUGUCGCAGCAAUCUACAAGGACUCAAGUAUUGGAAAUCUUAUCAACAUAGUGAUUGUAAAAUUAGUUGUGAUUCACAAUGAACAGGAAGGACCAGUCAUCAGUUUCAAUGCAGCUACAACAUUACACAACUUUUGUUUAUGGCAGCAAACGCAGAACGUGCCUGACGACGCGCACCCCGCGCACCACGACACGGCCGUUCUAAUCACCAGGGAAGACAUUUGUGGAGCUAGAGAGCAAUGUGAUACAUUAGGCCUAGCGGAAUUAGGUACCCUGUGCGACCCUCUGCGGAGCUGCUCUGUGAGUGAAGAAAAUGGACUCAGCGCCGCCUUCACGAUCGCCCAUGAGCUCGGGCACGUAUUUAAUGUUCCACAUGAUGAUAGUUUUAAAUGUAAGGAAACUGGAAUUAAACAUCAAUAUCAUGUAAUGGCUCCAACUUUAAAUUACCACACGAGUCCUUGGACCUGGUCAAAAUGUAGUCAGAAAUAUAUCACUGAAUUCCUUGAUACUGGCCGCGGGGAGUGCCUCCUUGACAGACCCAGUGGGAGAGCCUAUGAUCUGUCUCCGCAACUCCCGGGGCUGACGUACGACGGGGACAGGCAGUGUGAGCUUACGUUUGGUCCUGGAUCACAAGUGUGUCCCUAUUUGAAACAGUGCCGGCGCCUCUGGUGCACGGGGGCAGGAGGUGCUCACCACGGCUGCCGCACCCAGCACAUGCCCCUGGCAGAUGGAACGAACUGCGGUCCUGGGAUGCAUUGCCACCAUGGGCUGUGUGUAAACAGAGAAAUGGAAUCACGUCCUGUGGAUGGUGAAUGGGGACCGUGGGGGCCUUACAGCUCUUGCUCCCGAACAUGUGGAGGUGGCAUCAAACAUGCAGCCCGGCUCUGUGAUCACCCCGAGCCCCGGAAUGGAGGAAGGUUCUGCGUGGGCCGCAGGGUGAAGUUCCGCUCGUGUAACACGGGCCCCUGCCCAGAAGGCGGGCAGGACUUCCGGGGGCAGCAGUGCUCUGGUUUCGAUGGCAGACAUUUCAACAUCGAUGGUCUUUCCCCCAGCGUGCGGUGGCUUCCCAAGUACAGUGGGAUUGCCAUGAAAGAUCGCUGUAAGCUGUACUGCCGGGCUGCGGGAACCACUGACUUCUACCAGCUGAAGGACAGGGUUGCCGACGGCACCCCUUGUGGGGCUGAGACUAAUGACGUCUGCGUUCAAGGCCUGUGCCGGCAAGCUGGCUGUGAUCACGUGUUGAACUCCAAGGCCAGGAGAGACAAGUGUGGAGUGUGCGGUGGGGACAGCUCCUCCUGCAGGACAACGGCCGGGGUCUUCACCAGUGCUCGUUAUGGUUACAAUGUUGUUGUAAAGAUCCCCACAGGAGCGACAAGCGUUGAUAUUGUUCAACACAGCUACUCUGGAAAAGCAGAAGAUGACAAUUACCUUGCAUUAUCUGACACUCGAGGGAAUUUCCUUUUGAAUGGGAAUUUUGUGGUCAGUAUGUCAAAAAAAGAAAUCAACAUACAGGGAGCUAUUUUUGAAUACAGUGGUUCAAACAACUCAAUUGAAAGAAUUAACAGUACUGAUCGGCUGGAGGAAGAACUUGUCUUGCAGGUACUGUGUGUGGGUAAUUUAUACAACCCUGAUGUGCGUUAUUCCUUCAAUAUCCCUAUGGAAGAGGGGAGCGACCUGUUCACGUGGGAUCCGUAUGGGCCAUGGCAAGAUUGUACCAAAAUGUGUCAAGGUCUUCACAGAAGGAGAAUUACCUGCGUACGUAAGAGUGAUCAUAUGAUAGUGUCCGAUCAAAGAUGUGACCACUUACCACUUCCACUGCUUGUGACUGAAAGGUGCAACACGGACUGUGAACUAAGGUGGCAUGUCGUCAGCAGGAGUGAAUGUUCGUCCCGCUGUGGCCAAGGACACAGGUCCUUGGAUGUCCACUGCAUGAGGUACUCCGUUCACAAGGGACAGACAGUUCCAGUAGGUGCCCGCCACUGCAGCGACCAGCUCAAACCUCCCACCCGGGAACCCUGUCAUGGUGACUGCGUGACAGCAAGGUGGCAUUACUCACAAUGGUCCCAGUGUUCCAGGAGUUGUGGAGGAGGGGAACGGUCUCGAGAAUCUUUCUGUGUAAAUGGCUUGGGCCGCCAUCUUGCUGACCGCGAAUGCCAAGAACUCCCCCGGGUGAUGAGAGAGAUUUGCAAUGAGGUUUCCUGUCCCAUCUGGGCUACGAGUGAGUGGAGUGAGUGUCUCGUUACCUGUGGGAAAGGAACAGCAUGGCGGCAGGUGUGGUGUCAGCUGCACAAAGGCCCCUUGAACGAUGGCUUCUGCAACCCGAGCACCAAACCCGAAUCUCUGAAGCCAUGCGAGCUUCAUACAUGUGCGUCCUGGCAAGUAGGAGCGUGGGGUUCCUGCUCAGCUACAUGUGGACAUGGGCGCCAGACACGUGCUGUCAGAUGUGUCGCCGAGCCGCUCAGCACGGAGCUAGACGGUGGCGUGUGCCCCAGCAGUAGUCGCCCACCUGAUGGGCAGGACUGCAUGGUCACACCAUGCCCAGUUACCCCUGAAAUCCAGGCCACUUCAUCACCAGCUGUUCCCAUGGGAGAGAUGGCUCAGUGGCGACAUGGUUCUUGGACCCCAUGCUCCGUGUCCUGUGGAAGAGGGACUCGGGCCCGCUACGUAAGCUGUCGUGAUGCUCGUGAUGGAAUAGCAGAUGAGUCGUGUUGUGCCCAUUCAGCCCGACCUGCUGAAAUAGCUGCCUGUUUCAGCCCUUGUGGAGAGUGGCAAACUGGGACUUGGUCACCUUGUUCAGCUUCCUGUGGCCGUGGAAAAACGACACGACAGGUUUUAUGCAUCAACUACCAUCAUCCGAUUAAUGAGAACUACUGUGAUCCUGAAGUUCGCCCUUUGAUAGAACAAGAAUGCGACCUGGCAGCCUGCCCACCCACGUACAGUCACUUUCCGAGGUCCUCCGAGCGGCCAAGCCAUUUUCCAGGCAGGAAUUUUCCAUUAACCCACAAACCAGAAGAUAAUCCAAAUCAGGAGGUCCAUCCAUCAAUCAGAGGAGACCAGUGGAGAACAGGGCCAUGGGGCUCAUGCUCGCGCAGCUGCGGCGCGGGGCUCCAGCGCAGAGCCGUGGUGUGCCAGGACGAGGACGGGCAGAGCGCCCGGCACUGCCGCGCCGCCUCCAGGCCCCCGGAGUCCAGGCGCUGCGACGCAGGACCUUGUCCUCGGUGGCGCCCCGGGAGCUGGGGAGAAUGCUCAGCUUCUUGUGGUAAAGGAUUAAAAUACCGUGAGGUGCUUUGCAUUGAUCAAUUCCAAGGGAAAUUAGAAGAAAAAUACUGCAGUCAUCUAUGGAAACCUCGAACUCACAAAGCUUGCAGAUCUGCCAGAUGCCCUUCAUGGAAAGCCAAUAGAUGGAAGGAGUGCCCUGUGACCUGUGGCUCUGGAGUUCAGCACAGGGACGUGUACUGUAGACUGAGAGGCACGGGUCGGGUGGCCGAAGAAAUGUGCAGUGGGGCCGCCCGGCCCCAUUCCCAGAGGCAGUGCUGGCAUCAGGACUGCACACAGUACCAGUGGGUGGCGGGAGAGUGGCUGCAGUGUUCAGCCUCAUGUAAGAAGAAGGAGACCCAUCGGCAAGUCACGUGCAUCGAUGCACGUAACAGUCACGUGAAUGACAGCUUCUGCGAUCCUUCAACCAGACCUCCUUCCAUCAAAAUGUGCAGGAGCCGCCCCUGCAGGUACCUUGUGGUCACAGGGGACUCGUCACAGUGUGCGGGAAACUGUGGUUUCAGUUACCGACAAAGGAUUACAUACUGCAUUGGGAUCCAGUCGACUGAGAAAUACAAGCUCCGUGAGCUUUGGCCUGUAAACUAUCGAGAAUGCCCUGUGCCGCCUUCUCCUCAGGUUUACAAGUGCAACUUCAGAAGCUGUUUGCAUAUGGCCACUUGGAAAGUUGGGAAAUGGAGCAAGUGCUCAGUGACUUGUGGAACUGGGGUCAUGGAGAGAAGAGUAGAGUGCGUGGCUGAAAAUGGCUGGUCCAGCGACUUAUGUUUGAGGCGUUUAAAACCAGAUGCUCAAAAAAAAUGUUAUGUCAGUGAUUGUAAAACACUCAGCAGCUGCAGAGAAAUCCAAGUGAAAAACAAUAUCACCAAGGAUGGCGACUAUUACGUCAACAUUAAGGGUCGGAUAAUAAAGAUCCACUGUGCCGGCAUGCAGCUGGAGAACCCCAAGGAAUAUCUAUCACUGGUCAGAGGUGAAGAGGACAACUUCUCUGAAGUGUAUGGUGUUAGACUACACAAUCCAUACGAAUGCCCCUUUAAUGGAACUGGGAGGCAAGACUGCGAGUGUAAAAAUGACUACCUGGCUGGUGGACACACUGUUUUCAGCAAAAUAAGAAUUGAUCUCACUUCCAUGCAGAUUAAAACUACCGACCUUCUGUUUGCCCAGACGCGAUCUGGGAGAGCCGUUCCGUUCGCCACAGCCGGGGAUUGCUACAGUGCGGCCAGGUGCCCGCAGGGGCAGUUCAGCAUUAAUCUGGCUGGGACCGGGAUGAAGAUAUCCAGCAGAGCAAAGUGGCUCGCGCAGGGGAGUCACGCCUCUGUCGUCAUACGCAGAUCACAGGAUGGAACCAAAGUCUACGGCAGAUGUGGAGGGUUCUGUGGGAAGUGCGUUCCCCACAUGACUACUGGCCUUCCAAUCCAAGUCAUUUGAACAUUCAGAGGUGGGAAGUGUGUCCCAAAGAGGAGAUGUUCUCUGCAACCUUCAAAUACCUGGUGCUCAUUUCAUGGCCCUUUCCAGAGAUUUUCAUGUGCAAAAUGUCUGUGACUUUUUCCCAUGGUGCUCAUCACAAAGUCAAACCACCACUCACUUUUAUCAAUGCCUUUGAAAUAAACUAAACAGAUGUGUGACUUUACAGGGUACGUAGGGACUUUUGAUUGAAUUACACUAAGAUAAUGUUGCCGUUAACAGCUUGGACUGGACCACAAUUACACUACACCUGUGAACACAUGCAGAUCUCUACUCAGUGCCCUAUUGGACCAUGAAAUGUUUAUUCUAUUUCUUAAAAUGAAGCAAGUAAAACUUAGCAAAAUGAGCUUACUUAAAACCACUAUAAACGUUAAUGUGUCUGUCAGGUAAAUAGUGAAUCAAUAAUCACAUCAAAAAGUACAUAGACACUAUACUUGCUACUGAUACAGCUUAGAUGCCUUGUCUUAUAUUUCCUUGAAUUUUUAAUUAUGGAUUAUGGUGCUUCAAAUAAAAAAAAGUCAUCCUAAAAUGUGGUACAAUUUUUUAUUGAAAUAUAUGCUUGGGCUAAAUUUGAAAUUCUGUGGGUAUAAUACAGAAGAUAUGAUAUAGUAGAAUUUGACUUAAAACACCUACCUCUAAUUUAAUGCACUUAUAAGAGCAAUACAUUGUUUUUAUAAUGUUUAUAUUCUAUUAUGCCUUUGUAACUCAUAUAUAUAUAUAUAUCUAUCCUUAAAAAACCUAUUUUCUCAAAGUUAUAUACUGUAUUUUAUUAAUCAAUUAGAGAAGUGAGAAGUGCUGACGUUCUGAAGAUCUUGUUUUGGUAAACAUAAAAUUAUGUUUACAUAUGCAAAAUUUUCAUUAGAGAUGGUCGUUAUUUUAUAUCUGAGGUUUCUCAGAGCCAGAACAUAAAAGAUAACAUAAAAAUGAACUAUUCAUGGGAAAAUUCUCAGGUAUUAAGAGAUUUUUUUUUUAGGUGGAUAAUUUAAUUUUGUGUUAUAUAAUACGAUUUUUGAAAGAAUCAUAGACAAAACAGUAUAUUUUUAUGGUAACCUACUCUGUAAACCAAAAAACUUACCCUACUAAUAGAUUUUUGCCAGUAAAUAAUAGUGUACUAGUUCAACCCACAGAGUUUUUACCCCCCCAAACAUUUAUUAGGGGCGUAUUUUACCAUACAGUGGACUACGGCAAUUUUGUGCCAAUGUGUUUAGACGGGCAUUUAGGGAUCUCUGUGUCAGAAACAAAGUAUUUUGCACUAUGUGCCUUAGGUCAGUUACAAACAUUAAUCCAAAAUGUGUAACAGUUGCUAGAAAUGUUUUCUUUCAUAAUUAGAAUCUUAUACUUUACAAACAUUACAUAAUAAACAUAUUUGUGUGAUACAUUAGC